CGCCACAUAGCAAUGCGACAGCCCGAUGUCGUUACAGAGUGUUUCUGUGAUUGGAAUACAUGUAGCCGUUGAGUGACGCUGGGCGUUCUCAUUACAGAGCCGCUCCAAGUGGCCUGAUUGUCACGCAAGCUCGUCUUUCGACGGUGCAAAUGUUGAACGAUUCCAUACACCACGGCGCCUAUGCUGCCGCUCUGGGAUGCGGGCCACGGUCGACUUUGCUGCUUCCUGCUCGAGUUGCGAUGCCACGAUGCCGCAAUAGUUACUCGCGAAUGCAUCACUCAGAUCAGCCUGGGGAUGAAGAAUGCUUCGUAAGCCUUGAGGAUCGUCUUGGUGUUGGGUCGAGCUGGCCUCGCGCAUCGGCGCCACAUCGACUGUACUUCACGUGUCGACCGGCCGUGCAGUGACUGUAGAGCUUGCAGCCUCUACGCGAAAGCCCUCUUUGACAAGCAGCAGCCUGGAAGCAACCAUGUCCUCUGUAGAGAUUCAGCUGGUGCCCGCCAGGACGAGCAGGGCGUCAACCCCUCCUUUGCAAAGCUUGUUUGGCAUCUGAUGCAAUGCUUGGCAUGGCAGAGGCCAGGAUGCUAGCUACAGCGAAGCUCGAGGUUCAAGUUGAGCUUUUCUCUCCAUCAUCCUCGGAUUGAAGCUGGAAAAUGGCCCGCACCGAGGUCACAACCAGGCAACCAGCUCCAGCGACAUCCACACUCCCAGACUGACCGAUAAACAGCCGCCGACUUCUGCGCAAUGGCUUCGACGGCAGCUCGCAUGCGUCGUCCCUUGGCGUCGGCCGCCUUUUUCAAGCUCGCGCCCUCGCCGGCAUCCACCCCUCGCACGACGAGAACACCGUCGAGAAGCAAUGCCAGCUUCAGGCCCAAAUUCGAAAUCUUCCACGAUGUCCCUCCUCUCCGCUCCUUCCGCCGCAAUCUCCUGUUCAACAAUCGCACCGUCGGGCUCGUGCCCACGAUGGGUGCCCUGCACGAUGGGCACCUGUCCCUCGUGCGCAUGGCUGCCGCAGAGAACACAGACGUGGUGGUCUCCAUAUACGUGAAUCCCACGCAAUUCGGCGUCAAUGAGGAUCUGGCCACCUACCCGAAGACGUGGAAGGAGGAUCUGAAGCUGUUGGAGACGGUGGACAGAGAGCUCGCGAGCACGAGCGGCAGUGGCCGGAUCAGCGCCAUUUUUGCGCCGAGCACCAAGACUAUGUAUCCCACCCUUCCGCCCAGCAGUGAGGUCGAUGGCAAGGGCAGCUUUGUGACCAUCACACCUGUUGCCGAGCUGCUGGAGGGUGCUUCGAGGCCAGUUUUUUUCAGAGGCGUGGCUACCGUGUGCAUGAAGCUGUUCAACAUCGUGCAGCCGGAGCGCGUGUAUUUUGGCCAAAAGGACGUCCAGCAGACGGUCGUCAUCAAACGGAUGGUGCAGGAUUUUCACGUGAACACGGAGGUCCGGAUUGGGGACACAAAGCGGGAGGAAGACGGUCUCGCAAUGAGCAGUCGCAACGUUUACCUGGGCUCGCGCAGAAGGGAAGUGGCCGUCGUUCUUUCCCAGGCGCUUUUCAGCGCCGAAGCGCAGUAUCUCAAAGGCAAGCGAUCACGAGCAGAUAUUCUAUGGGUUGCAAACGACGUCGUGAACAAGAGCAUGCAGAAGCAAGACGAGCUGCCGCCGGAGAAGAGGGCGCGCUUUGAAGUUGACUACAUAUCGCUGGCGGAUCCGGACUCUCUAGAGGAGAUUGACGAGGUUGAUCCUGCAAGAGGAGCCGUUCUCAGCGGUGCCAUCAAAAUGCUACCACUUGAAGACCCGCAGGACGGCGAAGACUGCGGAUUGGGAGGAGGAAUCGGCACGGUCAGGUUGAUCGAUAACAUUAUCCUGAAGCCGGCGAUUGCAUGAAUUUGUUCAGUAUUCCAAAUUAUGAGUGGCUUCCUGUCUCUCCCGACUAGCUCUUGACAAACUGUAAAUAACAACGUCCCUGGUGAAAUCCAAAAAAAAGUAGCUUUCAAACGCAGUCGGCGAGGCUAGCGGAGUUCUUCAAUCUCGAACAUAGGUUGUCAUAUCGAUAGU